UUCUUCCUAUUCAAACUCAAACAUCUUUACGGAAAGAGACUUGCUUUGUCUUGGGAUAGUACAACUUAUAGGAACCCGUGGAGUUAUAGCGUACAAAAAUCAUGGGUUCAACAAUUAUUUCAUCAAGCUUCUUUCUCCUUUGUUGAAAUAUGUCAAUAGCAUAGUGAACCAAAUAUCUUAAAGGGCUUGAUGAAUGGCUUGAUACCAGACCAUCCUUCUUUUGAACUAUUUUGUAGGACAUAUGUUAAGGACAUAAACAUUUGUCACUGCCAAUUCACCCUAAAAACUCUAAGGUAGAUUUUUCUGCUUAAGCAUAGUUCGUACCAUGUUCAUUAUGGUCAUGUUUCUUCUUUUCGCAAUUCCAUUAUGUUGGGGAGUAGUGUAAGGAGCACUUACUUCAUGCAUCAGAAACUUUUCAUCUCACCAGAAUUAAAUUCACCUCCACCGUCGAUCCUCAAAAUCUUGAUAAAUUUCCAAACUGCUUUUCCACUAUAGCCUUGAAUCCUUCAAAGAUGUUCAAUUCUUCACUCUUUUGCUUUAAUCAAAUAUAGCCAUAACUUUCUACUAAAGUCCGUCCAAAUACAACAUAAAAUAUUUAUUUCCUCCUAAUGAAGGAAUGUCAAAUGGUCUACAAACAUCAAAGUACAACAUGUUGAAUAUCGUUGGCUUUGGACGCAGUGUAAGGUCCGAAAGAAGUUAUUGAUUGCUUGUUGAUCCAACAAUUAUCACAAUUUCUUUCGAAUCAUAAUUGAGGGAAGACCAGGCACCAUAUUCUUUGAUCGCAAUCUUUGAAAUUUAAGUGGCCUAACCUUAGGUGUCAUACCAUGAAUCAUCUGACAAAACAUAGCGGCGAAACGUUGAGAUUUAAUGGUGUUCAUAAAUUUUUAGAAAAUCAUUAACCAUAUUCAUUGAGAACCAUUUCUCCAAAAGUUGACCCAUACUGAUCAAGUUACUCUUCAUUUCAUGGACAUAAAGCAUAAAAGAGAUUACAACUUGUCUUCUAUCUUGCCUUGCAACUAACACAUUCCCAAUGCCCUCAGCUUGAAUCACUCUAUUAUCUGCAGACCUUAUUGUCUUCUUCCCACGAACUACUGCACAUCGCGCUCAAGAUCCAGCAACUUCACCCAUCUGUACCGGCCCACUCAGAUCAGCGCUCCUUAAGCUUCAUUGUUUCGCCCACGUCAAUCACAGUCACCACACAUCCAAGUCGGAGCAGAGCACACACCUCACCGGAGAGAGACACGCCUCCAUUACAGAUUUGUGGUUCCGGUCACGAUGACAGUGAACGACUCUUGACAGAUCCCUGCACGACAAAUUGGGCAAUUGGGCUUGGGCCAUUGUCAGCUGGAAGAUAACCACUACACAAAGGUUGAAUUGGAAAAGGCUAUUGCUCUCUCCACCUUUCCUCCACCUUCUUAUUAUUUUAAGGAUCUCGUUAUUUCGACACCCUAUAUUUGAUACUCAUUUGACACUCUCAUGUGUGAACGUGCUAUUAGCUACUUUUUUUUGUUUUUUUUUUUUUUAAAUUUGGUCUGAAAAAUGCAGAGGUUUUCAGAGAAAUUGUAUUCCUUUUUUACCCCUGGGCAUUUUCAGUUUCAGUGUGAAAGAUUGAUUCUCUCUCACAUUUGGGUUUCUCAUCGUCGUCUCCAUUAGCGCUCACAGAGUUGUCUUCUCCAUCAACCGCUGACAGUGUCGUCGUGUCCAUUGCUCUCCAGUGCUCUGAAAUGACAAGUUCCGGAUUGGACCAUCGCUGGACCAAGCGCUCUCAACGAACGGUUGACAAAGGACCAAAGGGAAGUCAUCUCCAAGAGUUGGAGGUGAAUGACUUAGAGCAAGAAUUGGAGAAAGAGAAGGCCAAAACAAGAAGUAAAAAGUCAACUGCAGAUGACGGUUUUCAGAGUGCUGGAUGUCCACAAGCAGCAACUGACGAUGCAUUCGUUUCACCUGUUCGUUUGUCGGCCGAGGAAGGGGGUGGAAUGAGUAACAAUGAAGAAGGUCCAUUGUCGCCAGAUGCACCAGGUGGAAUGGCUGACAAGCAAUCACAGUUGAGGACUUAUGUUAGGAUUGGUUCAAGAAGAAGAGUUAAGAGCAAAGCACUUAGGACACCUUACACAGGAAAUGUAUGAGUUAGAAAGACAAAGGAUUAACUAUUGUGUUAAGUUGGAACAAAAGUAUUGUGUAUUUAAACCUAGUAUUUGGUUCAAUAUGUAUAACAUUGAUUUAUUUUAUGUUAUUGGAAAUCAAAUGUUUGUUUUA